AUGUCUUCGUCGAUAAACCAUGAUGAGAGCCAAUCAUUACUCUCCUCACCGCCUCCUCCCCAAACACAACAAGAAGAUGAUGACCAAGAAUUCGACUUGCAUCCAAUAGAGAAGAUUAAAAAACGUUCUUCCGGAACCAUUUCUACAAUCUUUUCCAUCGUCAAUACUAUGGUUGGUUCAACCAUUCUAUCACUUGCUUGGGGAUUUACUCAAAGUGGUUUAUACUUGGGUAUAAUAGUAUUUAUUCUCGUCGGAUUUAUUAGUUAUUACACUUGUAAUUUGGUUGUUAAACAUUCAUUAUUUAAAGUGAGAUAUGAUGCCAGUAGUGAAGAAAGCAAUACUAAUACUGAAUCAAUUAAUAGUGAAAGUCCAAAUUAUAAUUCAAUAGGAGGAGAAUCAAAGACUCAAUCAUUCAAGAUUGGAAAAGUUUCAUAUACUAAAAAAACAAAGAGGCAAAUCAAAUCAAUUUUUGAUAUUAAGGAUUUUUCACAAGUUUGUGUUGAACAUUUAGGAAAGUGGAGUGAAAUUUUGUGUAUUCUUACAAGUAUUGUAAUUUUGGUUGGAGCUUCAAUUGCCUAUCACAUAUUUAUGAAAGAUUGUCUUGUUAGUAUUAUUGAUGGUAUUGCAAAUAUUGAAUAUGAUCAAUCAGUUAUUUAUCCAUGGGAAAAUAAUGGUCCUCCAUGGUAUUGGAAUGGAAUUUUUGCAUCAUUGAUUAUUGUUGUGGUUUUAUAUCCAAUUACAUUGUUUAAGAAUUUGAAUUUCCUUGUCAAGUUUAACUCAUUUGGUAUUUUCUUUGUGUUAUUCUUGCUGGUUUUUAUUAUUUAUGCAUCAAUUGAAGCUUUGGUUUCACCUUUUGAAAUGUCAGCUAAUGUUGCAAGUGUGUCAAGUUUGACCAUUUCAGCAUUGGGAUUAUUUGGAAGUAAUUCAGCUACUCCUCCUGCUUCAUCUUCACAGGAUUCUUAUAAUAUUGCUGAUGAUGUUAUUAGAAAAGGAGACGAAGUUCUUGUCAAUCACCUUAAAUUAUUCGAUAUUCACUUUAGUCACCUUUUGGCAAUUUUGUCUUUGAGUUUCUUUAUUCACAACGUUAUUGGACCAAUUUUGAAAAACCAAAAGUCUUUGAAACAUACCCAAAGAGAUACAGGUGUAGCUUUCAUUGUUGCUGGUAUGAUUUAUGCUGUUCCUGGAAUUUUGGGAGCUUUUGCUUUCCGUUUUGCCUCAAUUGAUCAAAACUUUUUGAAUCAAUUCUCAUCUAAGAGUAUUUAUGCUAAUAUUUCUCGUGGUGCAGUUUUGUUCCAAUUAAUGUCAAUUUAUCCUCUCUUGUUGAGUGUUAUUAGAGUUCAAUUUUUCAGUUUUGUGUACAGAAAUAAUCCAAACAAGGAGAAGCAACAAUAUCCUGGAAUUAUUCAAGUUGGCGCUUUGAACUUUUUUGUUUGUUUGAUUACCACAGCAAUGGCUGCUUUUUAUCCAAUGGUUGGUACUGUUUUGAGAUUUACAGGUGCCAUUUGUGGUUUAAUUUACAUGUACUUGUUACCUGUUUCAAUUCACUUGGUUGUGCAAUACAAGAAGAAGCAACUCACCAUUCUCUCAGUUCUAUUCCAUGUAGUAUUGGUGCUAUUUGGUUUAUCAAUUUUGGUAUUACAAUUUAUUGAUUUUGAUCAAUUCACACAGAAAGGCAAUUAAAUAAAAAUAAUAUUAUAUAAUCUUAUUCCAUCUUUGUUGGUGGUGGCAAUUCAGUUGACUCUCCCUUUUGACUAGUAGGUGAAGCAAAUGUAGCAGCUGGUGGAGUUUGUUGCAUUUUCAUAUUAGGAGAAGAGAAUUGAGCAAGAAGAGGCUUUCCAAAUGGAGAAGGAGUGAAAGGACCACCAACUCCAAGUUUUGGAGUGCUUGCAAAAGGAGUUGGAGUGCUUGGAAUAGCUUCCUUCUUUUCCUUCUUUGCUUUUUCCAAAGCUUCUUGUUCUUGUUGAAGUAAUAACAAUGACUUGGAUUCUGUUUGGAGAGCUUUCCAUUCCUUUGCAAGUUGAGUUUCAAUAGCUUGGAAAAUCUUAGUGAGUUGAGUAUCAGAUAAGGUGACACUCUUGAGUUGUUGCAAGGUGGUUUGGCAAAAGUUCUUCAAAGACAUAAUACUUUCCUUAUAUUCAUCAAAGCUAUGGAUACACUUCUUAUUUUCAUCAUCAAUAUCUUCAUUAUCCUUCUUUUCCUUCAUCAAGAAAACUUCUUUUGGAACUGUGAGUAAGAUGGAACCUAACAAGUGACUAACAUAUGAAAUGUCCUUAAUACAUGUACUAACACUGAUUUGGAAAGAUAAGCUCUCUU